AUGUCUAUGGGUUCGUUACCUACUUUUACAGGUGAUGCCACACUGUGGUUUUCACAGUUAGAGGCACAAUUUCGUGCACAAAGUAUCACUCCCGAGCAGCAGUUGCAAAUCCUUUAUGGUUGCAUGCCGCCUCAACUGGCAUCUACAGCAAGAGACCUUAUCACAGACCCUAGUCCAGGCGCUACUUAUGCGUCUGUUAAAUUAGAGGUAGAGAAAAGAAAUACACGAAGCGAGGAAAGUCGUUUCAACGAAUUAAUGGCAGAUGAGCAACUGGGAGAUAGGACUCCGUCAGAAUUCUUACGAAGACUGAGGGAGUUAAGUGGUAAUUCGGAAGAUUUUUUUUCGAGGUUGUCCGCCUAUAUACAGACCGUUUUGGCAACCGGCUUAGAGACAAAUACAGUGGACCAAAUAGCAACGAUGGCUGAUAAGAUGGUUGAAUUUGCCGUUCAACCAUCGUCACGGUCUGCUUGUGCCUGUUCACAAACUUCUUCGGCCUCAAUUGAGGGGCUUUCUAAACUAAUAGAAACCCUCACUAAAAGGAUGGACGCGAUGUGUCGCGAUGGUAAGCGAUCUUCAAAAUCGCGGAGUCGCAGUCGUUCAUCCUCGAGAUCAACACAGUCUAAGUCUGGACUGUGUUGGUACCACUCCAAUUAUCGUGCAUUCUUUGUUAAGGAUCUAGUGUCGAAGAAAAACUUCAUGGUGGAGACUGGUUCUUGUUGCAGUAUUUGGCCACUGCGUUGCACAACCGACAGGCCAAAACGAUCUAACGUCAUCUUGCACGCUAUUGACUCGUCACCAAUAGCCACAUUCGGUCAGAUCUCGUUACGCCUUGAUAUUAAUCUUCGUCGAGACUUUCAAUGGGUUUUUGUCAUUGCCGACAUUCCGCAUCCUAUUUUAGGUGCGGAUUUUCUGGAUAAAUUGAUUUGUUGGUAG